AUGGGAGUGGUCCAGGGUUCGAUUCCCUGCAAGUCCAUCUCUUUUUGCUCGAGUGACACGUCUUUGUCAUCGGUGGCCCGCAAACAUGCACAAUGCUGGUCCAGAAUCUUUCCCUUCUUGCUUCCGAGCCUAGUGGCCCCAGAUUCGAACUCUACAGGAGAGAACAGUUUGCCCCUUGUGAAGUCUCCAAUAUCAGUGAAGAGUUAUGGCUAA